UAUACUUCUUUCUCUCUCUCUCUCUCUCUCUCUCUUACAAAUUACAAUACAAGUUGCGUUCCGAGGUUCCCAAACGUGUUGAGCCUCACAAGCUAGGGUUCUGCACCUCCCACCUUUCUCCCUCCGCCCUCACCAAUUGAAUGGGAUUGUGACUUCAUACCCGUGCUGCUAGUUGACAUUUUGAAAUUGUAACUGUGGGAGCAAUAUUCUGUAUUUUGUGACAUCAUGGAGAUACAGACUUGUGGCAAGCCAAUUGAUUCCUUGCUAGAGAAGGUGCUUUGCAUGAAUAUUCUGUCCUCUGAUUACUUCAAGGAGCUCUAUCGCUUGAAAACGUAUCACGAAGUUAUUGAUGAGAUCUACAAUCAAGUUGAUCAUGUGGAGCCGUGGAUGACGGGGAAUUGUCGCGGUCCUUCAACUGCCUUUUGUCUUCUCUACAAGUUUUUUACCAUGAAGCUCACUGUCAAGCAGAUGCAUGGGUUGUUGAAACAUCCUGAUUCUCCUUACAUUAGAGCGGUUGGAUUUCUCUAUCUGAGAUAUUGUGCUGAUCCGAAGACACUGUGGAAUUGGUUUGAGCCAUAUAUUAAAGAUGAUGAGGAAUUUUCUCCCGGAUCUAAUGGUCGAAUGACUACAAUGGGUGUAUAUGUCCGUGAUUUGCUUCUUGGACAGUAUUACUUCGACACACUGUUUCCUCGCAUUCCUGUUCCUGUAUUGCGGCAGGUUGUGUCUCAUCUUGAAAAGAUGAAGCUCCCUACUACACAUUCUGGUUCAACCGGGGAAUCCACCCGUCAUGGUUCUGAUGAUACUGCUCGUAGACCACCUUCUGUUAAGGCUGCUCUUUCAGUCUCUUUUGGUCAGCGGGCUCCACAUCGUGCCUCCACAAGGGAUUCUUCACCUAUUCGCCGUACAUUACCUUCUCACGAAAGAAAUGGCAGUGAUGACAUCCGAAGAUCUCCAACUAGUCGACGCAGCCAGAGCCGUGAAUAUCCUGAUAGGGAUAGGGACCGGGAACGGUCACGGUCCAGAGACAGGGAACGUGACCGUGAUAGGGAUAGGGAUCACGAUAGGGACAGGGAUCGGGAUCGGGACCGUGAUAGGGACAGAUAUCGUGACCGAGAUAGGAACAGGGAGUGGGAGCGAGACCGAGACCGGGAAAGACACAGGGAUCGUGACUCGGACAGAGAUCUGGAGAGGGACAGAAUGAGGAGGGAUAAGGAGCGGGAAAGAGAGAGGAGUUAUGAUCAUGACAGGAGAUCUAGGUACACAGAGAGAGAAAGCAGCCGGGAUUAUGACAAUGGUAGCAGGCACUAUCGUAGAAGCAGAAGUCGCAGUAGAAGUAGGAGCAGGAGUAGAAGCCAGAGCCUGCAAGCUGGCACUGCACGCAAUGAACCGCGUUCUAGUCCUCAAAGAGAUGGAAGUAAGAGAACUUCUGCAUCCAGUAAUCUAGCUAAACUUAAGGAUAUGUAUGGUGAUUUAGGGGAUACUAAAGGAGAUGCCAACAUGGAAAGAAUUCCUAGAAAGGAUAGUGGAGGAGAAGAGGUUAUUAGACUUGGCGGUUCUACAUGGAAGUAUUGAAAGUUAUCAUGGAAUGCUUGUAUCAGAUGUUGGAUGACUUUCACGGAGAAAAAAACAUUGGGUCUAGCCCUUUUGUUACCUUUGUCUUUUGGUUGACAGAUGUUUUAGAUUGAUGAAUGCUAUCUAUAUUAGCAUUUAUAGAUAAUGUAUACUAGAAUUUAUUCCUGGUGCACUGAAUUUCAUGCUUUGUAAUUGCAAGUUUUAGACUAAAGAUAAUUCUAUGUAGUCCGGAACUACAAUGCUUACUUGAUAGUUGAAACAUGAUAUUUUACUGCGUUUCCUUACA